GUUUGUGUACAUUUCUUAGCGUCUUUUUGGUUUAUUUCUGAAUUAAAUCUCGCUGAAUUAUGGCGACGUAGUUGGAUUAUGGGUUUCAAGAAUUGAUAAAGAAAUAAGAAAUUUUAUCAUGUGAAGAAAAGUAUAUUAUUCAAGUUGUCAUCUUUGAUGAUCGUUUAUGGUGGUUCGUUUAACCAAGUCGAAGUAAUUAACCCUGCCAAUUGCCAUGGCUUCUGUUGAUCUGCAAGAAAAGGCAAAUUUUACAAGACUCAGUAGACUUUUGGUUGACAAAGGAACUGAGGCUUUGAGAAAUACAUUUGAUACCAUCCAUCCACCUGUUAGUCUACCCGGAGUACUGGCUGCAAACAAAACAUCUCUUCAAAGGUUAAAACCUCGAGUUAUUAAUAAUUCCCAGUGGGAUUUACUGUUUCCUCUGUCUGGCAACCCACCAGAUUCCAAAAGCUUUAAUAUCACAUUACUUACAGUUCUAUUCCGGAACAUUUGUGGUUUUCCAUUAACAGGAUGGAGUGUAAUGCCUCCGGAUACUGAUAGGUCAACGCAGGCGAAUAUCACAAGAAUCAAAUUUUACAGAAAUGAAGUCGCACAUGUAAAAUCUACUCGAUUUGAGCAUUCAAGAUUUGAGUCUUUAUGGAAGAAAAUCUCCCAGGCGUUAGUAGAAUUGGGCGUUUCACAGAGUGAUGUCGACGAUUUAGAAAAAUGUCCUCUUGGGCCUGAAGAAGAAGUGUAUGUGCAAAAGCUUAAAGAUUGGAAACUGCACGAAGAUGAGUGUAUCAAAAUGCUUGCAACAAUGACACAAAUCGUUGAAGAAACCCGCGAUGGAGUAAAUCUACUAUGCCAGUCUUUGUUGAAGAAAAGUGACACUGAAACCCCGCAAUCAAUACCCGAGGAUGCCAAUCCUGAAAAAAAAUUCUGCAAGGAGAGUGGUGAAGAUGUAUUACGAAAACUUGCCAAACAUAAUUUCAAGAAUAAAAUUCAAAGAAAAGUGAAACUUUUCCUACCAGGAACAAGAGAGUGGUUGUUAAGGGAAGUUGACGAAUGGUUUUGUAGCAGUGAUACUGAUUCACGUAUAAAGUUAAUAACAGCUGGACCAGGAUUUGGUAAAAGCGUGUUUGCCGCUAAAAUCUGUGAAGAUUUUGGGAAGAAUGGAAAGCUGGCUGCUUGUCACUUUUGUGAUUUCAGUGAUUCAAACCUAAGAGAUCCUAUGAUGAUGUUGGAGUCUCUCGCAAGUCAGAUGUGCAAAAGCGUCCCUGGUUUUAAAGAGGAGCUCCUUGAUCAGUUGGGACGACGUCAUCAAAUCAAAAACCUCAAAGAUGCCUUCCAAAUAUAUUUACAAAAUCCCUUAGCUGAAUUGGAAAUGAAAAAGCCACGUUUAGUCGUGAUCGAUGGCUUGGAUGAAAGUGCUGCUGAUAAUAAGAAUGAAAUUACGCAUUUGAUCGCUGAAUAUUUUCCUGAUCUUCCCGAGUACAUCAAAAUCUUGGUGACGAGCAGGCCAGAGAUUUCCGUUGCUGAUCUAAGAGUAAGAGACGAUCAAAAGACGAGCAUUGCGAAUGUUAACGCCAACAAUAACUCAGAUCUUGAACUUUAUUUUAAAGAACGUCUUCCAAGUUUAGUUGGCAGCGAAGUUAAUCAAAGUGAAGUGAGCCGUGAUUUGGCUCGCUAUGAUCUUGAGAAGAUAACAAAUAAUGACGUCAUGGCGUUUCUCCCAGAAGGACUCAAUUCUGUUUACGAACGAUAUUUUAAACGCCUUGAAGACGAGCUUAACGACUUAAAACAUGAAAAGUUUGAUGUGUUGAAAAUUUUGGAAAUGCUGGCAGCUUCCGAAGGACCUCUUCCCCUCACUUUCAUCGCUCAGGCAUUUGGUUUAGCUCCAGAUUGUCGCGAAACGAAAGACAUCAUCAACAAAAUUAAUGAAACCAUAUCGUGCUUGUUGUACGUUUCAGAUGACAUGUUAACCGUUUUUCACAAGUCCGUCAUUGAUUGGCUUCAAGCAAAGGGCUACAAAGAUCACCAGUAUACUGUCAAGGUCGAUGAUGGACAUAGAUUGCUUUGGCUUUUAUGCGAAAAGGUUUUUAAAGAAAUUAAAGAUAAAGCUAUACUCUCAGGAGUUGAGGUGAAGUUUACUAAUGACGUGGAAUACGCUCUGAAACAUGGUUUAAAACAUCUAGAAAAGUGUGAAAUGGAGGAAGGUGUGUUUUGUCUAUUCAAAGGUAUUGCAGCGUUUCUGGCUCAAAUUGCUCGAAAGUUCUUCGAUUAA